AUGGGCAAUAUGUUUGGUUCAAUAUUUGGCAAGAAGCACUAUCGGAUAUUAAUGCUCGGUUUAGAUAAUGCUGGAAAAACAUCAAUUCUUUAUCGUCUUCGCCUUAAAGAAUCUAUUACAACAAUACCAACUGUUGGAUUUAAUGUGGAAGCAGUCGCAUUAGGACAUGUGAAAUUCAAUGUGUGGGAUGUUGGUGGCCAAGAUAAAAUUCGUCCAUUAUGGCGACAUUAUUUCACUGGAUCUCAAGGCCUUAUAUUUGUUGUUGAUUCAUGUGAUCGUGAACGUAUGGAAGAAGCGAGUCGUGAAUUAGAAAAAAUAAUAAAUGAUCGUGAAAUGCGCAAUAUUGUUCUUCUUGUAUUUUGUAAUAAGCAAGAUAUAUCAGGAUGUAUGGAACCAGCUGAUAUACGACAAGCAUUGCAUUUAGAUAAAUUAAAUCGUCCAUAUGCCAUAAUGCCAUGUUCAGCUUUACAUGGUACUGGUUUAUCUGAAGGUCUCAAAUGGCUAUCUGAACAUUGUAAAUAA